CACUGACAGGGUGAAAUGUUUUUGAGAAUGAUCCCCGGCAGUUCCCUCACCGCUGCUCUGCAGCGCAGCAGCACUUAGCAUUAGCGUGCUAGCUGGCUGGGGAGGAGCCGGGACUGCGCAGAAUCAGUAACCCGGGAGAUCCGUUGUACCAGAAAGUUCUUGUGUUGGUGUGAAGAUGUGUGAUCAGAAGCACGGCAGACAGCGUGGUGAUAUGAUCAACAGUGACGAUGGAGACCAGCUGUCAGCCAGCGAUGAAUCGGAGCCUGAACAACAGCCCAGCAGAGCUCCAUUUGACCCAGACCUAGACCACAGUGAUGAUGAUGAUGAUGAUGUGUGUGCACCAGCAACUAUUCCCACAUCUCAGAGUUCAUUCAGUUUGAGUGGAGGGACCUCGGCCUUCUCUGACCGCAGCCACAGCAUCUUUGACUGCCUGGACAGUAUUGGCAGGCAGAAGUUCUCCUCUCGAAAUCAGAACACCGUUGCAGACGAAUCCUCACGUCACAGUCAAAGCACAAGCCACCCGUCAUCCAUCUGUCCCACACCACCAAAGAAGAGAUUCGUCCCAGACUACCUAGUGCAUCCUGAGCGCUGGACACAUUACAGUCUGGAGGAUGUGAAUGAGAGCAGUGAUCAGGAAAACAGCAGAGUGGCUUAUCAGUUCCUGUCCAGCCUGGGGCAAGAGGCAAGAGGCAGCUCCCCCUGUGACCUCCAGCACAAGAUGAUCUUCAGACCCAAGCAACUGCUGAAGGAACAACCUAAUGACCAGCUUUCUCCUGUGAAUACAAAGGAGACAGGAAUGCAUCUCAGUCACCUACUGGAGGAGGAGGAAGACGAAGAGGCAGAAGGAAGGAAAACAGAAGAGCAUCUAGAGAAAACUGAGAAAGGACAAAAAGAUGAAGAGAAGGACACGAGUGGAGCUACGGGUCAAGGAGAGGAAACGAAAGAGGUGCAAAAAGAAAAGAAGGUCGAAGAGUCCAGGUGCCAGUUCACCUCCUUCAGGAACAUGAUGAGUAAAAACUACAGGAAGCGCUCCGGCUGUGAGGACAACUGAUGACAGCAUGACGUCCUCACGUCAGCAGGUGGAUGUUUCAUCGUUCGCUCAUAUAUGAACCGUACUCUCCACAUGCCUUAUCACCUGUGUUUGUCCUGUUUCACCCAGCAGAGAUGCUCCAGAGUGCUUCAUACGUCAGGUUUCCUCAGUGUAGAAUUUUAGUUCCUUUUGUGUUUGGUUUCUGUGUUGAAUUCAAAGGUUUUUGAGAAAAUAAGAAAUGGGAAAUUUCCCCAGUGAUAGUAAUUACUAUCAUUAAAAACAAAAACACACCAGUUUCACCAACACAUUAAUGAAACAGGCACAAAAUGUAAUGUUGUGAAGUAAAAUUAAGGGUUUAUUAUUUGCUACAUCUUCCAAUCUGAAUAAACUGUCAUUGUUUUAAUUGAACAAAUGGAUCCAAAUGACUCCUUUUGGAAACAAAUGUUGGGAUAAGUCAGUUUAACCAUUGAUUUAACACUGUUGAUCUUCUGGAAUAAAACUGUAAAGUUGUAA